AUGACCGACUACCUUAAUGCGGAGCUCGUCCUGCGCCAGCGCCUCGAGAAUACCGUCAUUGCUCGUGCGUUCGGCGUCAAUGUUGCUCUGGAGCGCAUGCGCCGCUUCGUGCGGGCAGGUUAUGUUGGCGCGGAACAUGCCCCGGCGUUGGACGACUCUAUCGUCUUACUCUUGAACGAGGCCGCCGCAGUACACCAUAUCCCUCUCUCCUGCAUCGCAUUCGCCGCACAUGAUGCGCUCCGGCUUCACAUCACUGACCGGAUCGGCAUUAACACGCCUGAUCUGGGCUGGACUCAGUGGUGUGUGUUUGACCUCGUUGAUCCUGAGCCUUGGCUCAUCGUACCGAUGGGACUCUUCGUCCCGUUCAGGGGCACCAAAAGGAGCGAGAGCGCACUCCAGCGCACCGACAUGCUCCCUCUCUUCUUCGCGCGGUCCGACGGAGGCACGGGUGUGAGCGUCGCUGCCAACACCAACUACGAGACUAUCCCGAACACCCCUACUCGUGUUUCUGGAACGUCGCUCAAAGUCAUCAUCAACCUUCCCAACUACACGACCUACGAGCGCCAGAUCCAGCUGCGGUGUCCCGCGAAUGGGACUGUCUCCGCGCAGAGGCUCGCGCGCAUCGUGGCCGCUAAGGUCCGCGAAUGCGUCAAUAACGCGAGCCAACAGGACACGACCAUGACGGAGCAGGGCUGGCGAUUCGGUGCCGGCGUCGGCUGUCUGCAAGCCGAAGACAUCAUCCUCCUCGGUAUAGUGUUCGUCUCCCCCGGGAAGGUGACGCCGCUGUUGAAAGCGCGCUCCGAUUACGACCCUUUCGCUCCGUUUCAUCUCGCCUUCAACUACGAUAUCGAUCCAUCCGUUCUUUGA